AUAUGUUAUUUACUUUUUCACCUUAAUUUUUAAAACACGAUUUCUGAACUUUCAACAGUUUAAAUUCAAUUUCCUUUCGGCCAAUGCACAUGUUGAACAGACCAGCGCUGUUCACUUUUAUUUUAUAGAAGUAGAAAGCCGCAAGACGCAGGUCACCGAGGGUGUCUCCUCGCUCGACUGGGAAAUAGGAUCACGCGAUGAACGACGGAUGUGCCGCAGGACAAACUGAAAAAGCGACCACAUCCCAGGAAAGGCCUUCUUCAAACGUCCUCGGACGGCCGUCUUCGAUAGUACGACGUGAUGCGGAUAGAAGAUGGGAAAUAAUGCCAAUUCUAUUCCUACAGGAGGAGGUCCAGCCUUCAGGAGCAAUAUCAAGCAUAAAGAUCAUGAGCCAGAUCGCUUGUCUUGGGGCAGCGCUGCGCGUCGAACAGAUAGCAGCCAGAAUGCGGUUAAGCCUGGAGAGGAAAUUGGUGGGCGGACAGAAAGAGUCGCCGAAACUUUUCGUCACGUUGGUGGGGACGGAUCGAACAUCUCAAGAAAUCCAUCCUCAGCCCACGAGAGGCACGCGGUUUGGGCACCUCGGCCGAGCCCUCAGAACGUGGUCGGAGGGCGUGAAGCACUUCUUUACCAUCCUACAAUCGAAAUACAACCCCUCACAGAUGAACUGCUGAUGGCCGAACUCCCAAAGUAUAAAAAGAAAUUUUCAGAAUCGAUUCAAUUUCAGCCGACAAAAACGGACAAGGAAGAACGAAAUAGACUCCCGGGACUGACCAAACCCUACUCUCAGUUCCAAAGGGGCAACGGGAAGACGAUAGUAAAAGACGUCUGUAACAAGAUCAGCGAACUGAAAGAGGCCAUCGUCUCUCCUCAGAUACAAAAGAAAUACCUUCCCGGCCUCGACAGUCCUUUCGGCGAUUUUACUCAGGAAAAAAAGAAAAGGUCAGAACUCUGGCCCAGUCUCGCCAACACUGCUCAUUUUGAGCAGUAUCUACCAAAAGAAAACAGAGAACCCGAAUUGAUAGACAGGGUAGAGAAGGACUUAAAACAAGAAAUGAUUAAGGUCCGAAACAAACAGAUGAAAGAAGUCAAACAAUCGGAAGAAACGUAUUUAGUGGAAUUGAAAAAAGAUUUGAUGAAAUUGUCUUCGAAGAAUAAUGCCGACGAGAAAGCGCAGCUGGACGCACUAAACUUGGAUCUGAUAAAACACGACUUAUCAAUUGAUAAUCAAGAAAUGCAAGAAAAGCAAAGUGCAAGAGCCGUCGAAAGUGUGAAAUACGUCUGGGAGGACGAGACACCCACAUUGGACAAAGCCAAGUUUCCUGUUAACAUUUCAGAAAAUACAUCCAAGGAGGCUGAAAAGACGAGAGCGCCAGAUGAAAUCGACAAAGAUCUAUUGAAAAAUUUCAAGAGUGAAAAUAUAACGCUAACGAAAAAGAAUCAAAACAGGAUUAGAAAAAUAGAAAUUAACUCAGUCCCGGAGGAAUUUGUCGAAGAGAAUAGCGAAUUUUCCAUCCUCGACGAAACUUUAAUGGACAGCUUCGAAGACAUAACUCUGCAAGAAUUCAGCGAAUUGGACAACUCCUUGGACAGAAUCCCGGAUUUCCCGAAAGACGAAACUGAAGCCAUGGAUGGACCUUCGGUCAACGAGGACAGGACGGAGAGCCCUCCUCUCCUCACAGGGUUCGAAAGCCGUCCGUUCGAUCUCACAAAAAUCACAAUCGACUCCCCAUCCGCGCCGCCUUUCAAGCCCAGGUUUUUCAAAAAUGCCACUCAAAACGCACCAAAAAAGAAAGUCGGCGAUACGAAAGAUUUGACCCUGGUCGAACACGGAUACGCAAAAAAUGAUCUGAUACGUGACAACGCAGAAUCGUCGAUGGAGGCGAAAGACGAGCCGCUCGACUACGAACACAGCUACGUCAAAGAAGAGCGCUCCGUCGAGGCCGGCCGGGCCCUUCGGUUUCUUUCUGUCUUCGGUCCGCAUCGCGAAGGCGCGGUUAACAGACGCAAAGACGAUCGGACUACAAAUGCUGAAAGCUCCACCUUCGAAAAGAAAGAGCCGUGGUCUCCCAUUGCCAAGUUCCACGACCGGAGGGAAGAAAGUCGAACUCAAAGCCGCGAUGACAACCCUGUAGGAGACUGGGUCCGCCUGGAAAACCUGAGCAAAGCCAACAAAAAACCAAACUUUUCCAGCUCCAAUAAAACACGACCAUUUUAAAGCAAGAUAGAUUCACAGCAAAUCCAAACAAUACCCUACAUCAAAAUAUACACUUAACACGAUUA